GAGCCCACCUUCAGCAAAGAGGUGUAUACAGGAAGUGUUCCGGAGAGGAGCGAGAUCGGCACGUCGGUGAUCCAGGUCACAGCCACAGACGCGGACGACAGCAUGUACGGCAGCAGCGCCAAACUGGUGUACAGCAUCAGCCAGGGACACCCGUACUUCUCCGUGGACCCCAACACCGGGGUGAUCCGCACGGCGCUGGGGCCCGGCGACAUGGACCGUGAGCAGAGGGAGCACUACCAGGUGGUGAUCGAGGCUAAAGACAUGGCCGGUCAGAGAGGAGGACUGACCGGGAGCACCAUAGUCAACAUCACCCUGACCGACGUGAACGACAACGCACCCAGCUUCACCCACAGUAUCUACCAGUUCCGCGUUCCAGAGUCGUUUAAACACGGCUCUCCCGUUGGGCGAGUCCGGGCCACGGACAGAGACAUCGGGCAGAACGCCGAGAUGUUCUUCACCAUCGUGAGCGGAGACGGCAUGGACGUGUUCCACAUCUCCACCGACAAGCAGAGCCAGGAGGGAGUCAUCACCGUCAACAAGCCCUUGGACUACGAGCGUAAACAGUCGUACACGGUGGAGAUCCAGGUCCAGAACACCCACACGGACCCGCGCUUCCCCCUCGCCGGCUCCAACAACAUGGCCACGGUGCGCAUCAGCGUGGAGGACGUGGACGAGCCGCCGCUCUUCGACAAGCCCUGGUACCAGCUGGAGGUGAAGGAGGACGCGGCGGUCGGGUCGGCGGUGGGGACGGUGAGCGCGGUCGACCCGGACGGAGCGCGCAGCCCGGUCAAAUACGCCAUAGACCGACGCACGGACCUGGAGCGGAUCUUUAACGUCCACCCAGGAAACGGCUCCAUCUUCCUGCUGCGCCCCAUCGACCGCGAGGAGAACGCCUGGCACAACAUCUCCGUCAUCGCCUCCGAGUUCAAUAACCCACGACAGAGCAGCACCGUCAACGUCUACAUCAAGGUCCUAGACAUCAAUGACAACCCCCCUGUGCUGGCCACGACCUACGAGACCUACGUGUGUGAGAAGAGCAAGGCCGCGCAGAGGAUCCAGACCAUCAGCGCUGUGGACCCGGACGAGCCGUCCUCUGGACAUCGCUUCUUCUUCAGCCUGGCACCAGAGGGCGCUCACCGCAGCAACUUCACUGUGAGAGACAACGGAGAUAACACGGCGGCCAUCUUGACUCGCAGGAACAGUUACAGCCGGCUGCAGCAGAGCGUGUACCUGGUUGCCGUGGUGAUCACAGACGCAGACUACCCCAUGCAGAGCAGCACGGGCACGCUCACGGUGCGAGUGUGCACGUGCGAUCGCCACGGAAACAUGGAGCUGUGCAACGCCGAGGCUCUGAGCAGCAGCCCCGGACUCAGCACAGGAGCACUCAUCGCUAUACUGCUGUGUGCAGUAAUACUACUCAUGAUCGUGUUCCUGUUCGCGGCGCUGAAGCGUCAGAGGAAGCAGGAGCCUCUCAUCAUCUCCAAGGAGGACGUCAGGGACAACGUGGUGAGCUACAACGACGAGGGCGGCGGCGAGGAGGACACCCAGGCCUUCGACAUGGGCGCUCUGCGUCACCCGGACUCUGCCGCCGUCCUGGAGGAGCCCGCCAAACAGAGACGCGACAUCAUGCCCACCGACACCCUGCUGUACCCGCCCCUCCGCAGACACGCCCCCUCCGCCAUGCUCCUCCCCCCGCUGGGCCCGCGCGACAACAACGGCGACGUGAGGGACUUUAUCAACCAAAGAGUCCUGGAGCACGACUGCAACCCCACGGCGCCCCCCUAUGACUCUCUGGCCACCUACGCCUACGAGGGGGCGGGGUCGGUGGCCGAGUCGCUCAGCUCGCUCGGCUCCGCCUCCUCCGAAGCGGACCAGGACUACCAGUACCUGAGCGAGUGGGGCCCGCGCUAA